AUGACCGACCGGAAUGCCUCUACCAUGGGCAAGAGCGCUAAGCAGGAGCCCGCCAAAGGCGACGAUGGCAAGGCUGUGAAUCGCGACAAGAGCUCGAAUGCCACUGCUUCUGGGAAUAACAAGGCCCCUACGAAAAAGAGACGCAAAGUCAACCACGGUUCUAGAUGUGGUGUUGCGCCUGUGCUCAUGGGGGUUCGCGCUGGGGUUUUUACCCAUUACUUUGCAUAUGUGAACUUUGAGAGAACUGUAGCUGACAAUCUGUUUUCUACCUGCGUCCAGCAUAUGACUUGCGAUCUUCGGAACAUUGGACACCUCUGUCACGAUGAGCCUCGCGAUGCCGAUUCCAAGAAGGCAAAGAGUGUUCAGAGCACCCAGAGCAUACAGGCGCCCUCUGUAGUUGAUGAAUCGGACGCACAGUCCGAUAUGGCUCGUAGCUCGAUUUCUAGUACCAUGGGCCCACCUCCCCCAACGUUCGACACGACGAGGCAGCAGCGAGGUUCCAAAUCUUUUGGGGGAGUGCUGGGUCAAGGAAGCCCACUGUCCAUUGUGCAACCCGGCCAGGUCUCGGGCCUGCAGGGCAAUGCGUUGAACAACGGCAACAGUAACGCGAAUCAAUUUGCUGGCUUCCAAGAUGCGUGGAUGACAGCUCAGAACCAUUUUCAUGAUAUGCACAGCUAUCACCCCAACUACAUGAUUGCCUCAGAAGUCACUCACGAGUUCAAUCUUCUCAACGAUUUCCUCCAUACGAGUCUACUCGAUGACGGUAGUGUGCCGCCAGAGGAACAACAGAGCCCGGCAUUCAAGCGGUCGAGCCAGAGCCAGUCGGAGAUGCUACCCAGGUUUGGAAAUAACACCAACACCUCUAUGGGAGCCGGUGGUUCAAACACCAUGUCAAACAUGACAGAGGGAUCAAUGCUGCCACCCCCUCCGAAUGUUGAGGGCAAGAACAUUCCACGACCGGGAAGCGUUGUGCCCGCUGACAAGGCUCGCGAAUACUAUCUACAGGCCGCCGACCCAUCAGGCAACGACACGCCAGAGGAGCGAAUGGGACGUGUGCUCAGGGCCAAGUACGACGCUGGACUGCUAAAGCCGUUCAAUUACAUCAACGGUUAUUCUCGCUUGGGUGCAUAUCUCAAUUCACACAUCACAACAGCGUCACGGGAAAAGAUUCUAAGGACCAUCGCCCGGUUCAGGCCCGCUUUUCGAGAAAAGGCACAUGCUCUGACGGAUAUGGAACUUGUGUACGUUGAGAUGUGGUUUGAGAAACAGCUCAUGGACUACGACCGGGUGUUUGCAAGCAUGGCAGUGCCCGCGUGCUGCUGGCGAAGAACCGGUGAAAUCUUCAGGGGCAACAAGGAGAUGGCAGAGUUGAUUGGCGUGUCAGUAGCUCAACUGAGAGAUGGCAAAAUCGCGUUGCACGAAAUCCUCACAGAAGAAUCAAUGGUGCGAUACUGGGAAGAGUUUGGCACGAUUGCCUUCGAUCCAGCGCAUGAGACCCUCUUGACAGCCUGCUCUCUGAAGAAUCCAACCCCUGGGUCAACGCAUCCAGUUGUGAAAUGCUGUUUCUCGUUCAUGAUCAGAAGAGAUGAGCACAAACUUAUCGGGACAGAAUUCGCCACGGAUCUCUUCUCCAAGUUGCCCACCUCAUGUGACUCGAGCUCAACCGAUGUUCUCCUUUCCGACCUGAACCAUCACAUCAACACGGCCAAUAAUCUUGCGGAGAACCGCAUUGCUCCUCCGUUAGAAGUCUCCAGGGAUCUGAAGGAUAUUGGAAGGAAGCUAUGGAACGAAUGUAUCAAGGAAAGGAGAAGGAGGGACAACCUCCUGCAGUCCGCUUCUAGAACUCUACUGCUGGUUCGCACUCGGGUCCUGGCCUUCCUCGCCCAUGCUCUGGCACGGGAGCAUCGACGUGGUAAGAGGAGGGAUAAUCUGGAAGAAAUAAUAUACAUGAUGGGCUUGUCACUCACGUUGGCGCGAGUUUGUGUCGAAUCAUCGGACCUGGAUGGCGCGCUUCUGAGUAUGGCCAAAGCUGCGGACUACAUCGGCCGACUAAAGAAGAUCGACAACUUGACCGCUGAAGAUACCACGCAGGUGCAAAAGAUUGAAGCUGAAUAUUUGACCAUGCGAUGUGCUUUGUCAUGGAAACAGGGCCGUCUCGACGUUGCGGAGCACAUGUACGCCAAAGCAGAUGACCUCUUACACAAUCUCGGUCCAACUUCUGCUGAACAUUUGGCUGACACGUUUCACGGUAUUGGGGGCGACCUCUUGUCGAGAGGCGAUAAUGAAAUGGCCUUGAAGUGGCUCCGGCGUGCACUUGACCUCAUAAAUGACCAAGCGCUAGAAAGGCUUUCAAUUGAAGGGCUGGAACUUCGAAUAUCCAUCCACCACGAACUCAUACAGGCAUUUAUCGCCACCGGAUCGCAAGAUGGACUGGAAGAAGCUGAGAAUCUUGUGUCGCAUGUGGAGUCAGAGAUCGGGGACAAGCCAGUGGUACUACAUUGGAGACUCGAGAUUCUUCAACGGUCUCCCAGCGAAGUCUUCAACGCCGAUGCAUGCGCAAGUAUACUACGCCGCAUGAUACGUUCGCUCGAUCUGUCGGACGCUGGGCUCGGCUUUCUUCUACACGGUAUCAGCGAACUGCGAAUGAGAGGUCCACGUUUAGCGAUAGGUCUCAUGGACGAGUUAUUACUCAGGAAACUUAUGCCUUCCCGUAACAUGGAUUGGAUAGGCAAAGCAAUUGUCCGGCGAGUUUGGAUGGGCACGAUGGAAGCAGAUGCGUCUGUGAGUGUUGCAGAUCUAACGCAAACACUGGAUCAGCUCGUUCAGGAAGCUGGUCAGUGUGAUGUUGAGGCCUCAACUGCUGCACUUUCUAAGCUCAUUUGGAAGAAGCUUGAUACUAGUUAUUCCAAAAAGCAGUACAAAGAAUCCCAGCUUUGGUGCCAGGCUGCGCUCCACUCCAUCUUUGCGAAUAGUGGCGAGGAGUGUCAGGGCAAGUUCAGCAGGCGGCUGGUGCUGUGCGCUACCUCUUGUAAUGAUGCAGAGGCUGCACUUUCUGCAUUUCACUUAAUGCCUAGAAGCAUACAAGAUGAGCCGCUCACCAGAUAUCUCAUGUUCCGGGUUUCUCUUCUGAACUGGGACCAUAACUUGGGUCGCCAAUGUGUCGAAUUCCUGGGCAAAUUUGCCGAGAAAUCUCAGUGCCGAGAUAUACUAUACGCAUGUAUAAGAGAUGCACAGCUCGUCGGCGAUAAGCUGAUGACCCUGGAAGCUUUGAAGGCGGUUGCCGAAACCUUUGAUGAUGAAGGCUCUUUGACAAUCAAUCUGCCAUCGAUUCUGAGGUGUACAAUCAGGCUUAUACACUCGCUUGAGUCGCAAGAGGGUAGCGAAGGAGACCCAAGUCCUGAACUUGCAGAAGAAACUUGCCGAAUUUUCGAAAGGGCUGGUGAGCACGCCAAAUUGGAACCAAAGGAUGAGCAAGGUUGCAAAGUCUUCACAGUAUCGGAGCUGCACUGGUUUCGAAAGAACGCAUACAACAUCGAAUUCGACACCCUUUUUGACGCUCAUUUCCGAAACGAUCCCAAGUCUCAGAUAUAUCCCGACCUCCUGGCCAAGCUGUCAACGCUUUUUGUCUUUGACUUUGAGAGUGCUGUGUGCUUGAAGAGUUGGGACGAUCUUAGUCAGAUUAUUAGAAGGGCUCGAAUUUGCAAAGAUGAGAUGAUGUACAAGGCGAUGGGAGACUGCUUGUUAAGGAGUGAAGCUUCAGGAAACGUCGUAUAUGGAACCAUGCGGCUUAUUAUCAAUGAGAUAUUCUUACUGGAGCAAUUUGACAAUCAGCAACUCGCAAAGUACAUGCGAUGCAUGUUCCAAGCUAUCCUACCCCUGGACGACAACCUUGCUUUCCAGGUUGUGGGACAAGCAGUCCAAAUAGCACGCGAAGGAAGCCAAAUGCAGAAGCCUUUUCCUGCAGAGGACUUGGACUGGAUCAUCGCAACAACAUUUAAUCAUGCGAUUGAUAUCUUGGCAAGAGGUGACGAGGAUCUAUGUCAGCAAUGGGCUAUGAAGGCCCUUGACCUGACCGAGUAUAUGGAUGACAAUGGCGAUAUGCGAGAUAUGCUGCGUGAGAGAGUUGUCAAGCUGGGCUUGAGCAAAGGGGCACCCAGCUGA